GGUUGGGAAGGACAGUCUUUUACUUGUAAACAGUGGGUGUUUAACUCGGGGGGCAGGGGGCAGGGGCUUCAUCUGAACUGUGGAUUUUUUUUCCUGUGGUCUGCCACAAAGCAAGGUAAAAAGGGCGAGAUGGACUUCUCCAAGAUACCAAAAAUCCGUGAUGAGGACAGAGAGAGCUUGUUUGGCUAUGUCCAUGGAGUCUCAGGACCUGUGGUUACUGCCUGUAACAUGGCAGGUGCAGCCAUGUACGAGUUGGUACGAGUUGGCCACAGUGAGCUGGUGGGAGAAAUUAUCCGACUGGAGGGUGAUAUGGCCACUAUCCAGGUUUAUGAAGAAACAUCUGGUGUGUCUGUAGGAGAUCCUGUACUACGUACUGGCAAGCCUCUGUCAGUGGAGCUGGGCCCUGGCAUUAUGGGAGCUAUUUUUGAUGGUAUCCAGAGGCCCCUGUCAGACAUCAAUGCUCUGACCAAAAGUAUCUACAUUCCCAGAGGUGUCAACGUGUCAGCUCUUAGCAGGGACAUCAAGUGGGAAUUCACACCUUCUAAAAACUUACGGGUUGGCAGUCACAUCACUGGUGGAGACAUCUAUGGAGUGGUGAAUGAAAACUCCCUCAUCAAACACAAAAUCAUGUUGCCCCCAAGAAACAGGGGUACAGUAACAUACAUUGCUCCUCCAGGGAACUAUGAUGCUUCUGAUGUUGUCUUGGAGCUGGAGUUUGAAGGUGUGAAGGAGAAAUUCACUAUGGUCCAGGUCUGGCCUGUACGACAAGUCCGUCCUGUUACUGAAAAGUUACCAGCCAAUCACCCAUUGCUGACUGGCCAGCGAGUCCUAGAUGCACUCUUUCCGUGUGUACAAGGGGGUACAACUGCUAUCCCUGGGGCAUUUGGCUGUGGAAAGACUGUGAUCUCACAGUCUCUCUCAAAGUAUUCCAAUAGUGAUGUCAUCAUCUAUGUAGGAUGUGGAGAGCGAGGAAAUGAGAUGUCUGAAGUACUGAGAGACUUUCCAGAGCUCACAAUGGAAGUUGAUGGCAAAGUAGAAAGCAUUAUGAAGAGAACUGCUCUGGUGGCUAAUACCUCCAACAUGCCUGUUGCUGCUAGAGAGGCCUCUAUUUACACUGGAAUCACUCUGUCUGAGUAUUUCCGGGACAUGGGCUACCAUGUCAGUAUGAUGGCUGAUUCCACUUCCCGAUGGGCUGAGGCCCUCAGAGAAAUUUCAGGGCGUUUGGCUGAGAUGCCAGCUGACAGUGGUUAUCCAGCCUACCUUGGUGCCCGCCUGGCCUCUUUCUAUGAGCGAGCUGGCAGGGUGAAAUGUCUGGGGAACCCUGAGAGGGAAGGCAGUGUCAGCAUUGUUGGGGCUGUAUCUCCUCCUGGUGGUGACUUCUCUGAUCCUGUCACAUCUGCUACUUUGGGCAUUGUUCAGGUUUUCUGGGGCUUGGAUAAGAAGCUGGCUCAACGCAAGCACUUCCCGUCUGUCAAUUGGCUGAUCAGUUACAGCAAGUAUACACGUGCUCUGGAUGAGUAUUAUGACAAGCAUUUCACAGAGUUUGUUCCCCUACGGACCAAGGCCAAGGAGAUCCUGCAGGAAGAGGAGGACCUGGCUGAGAUUGUGCAGCUUGUGGGAAAGGCAUCCCUGGCAGAAACGGACAAGAUUACCCUGGAGGUUGCCAAGCUAAUCAAGGAUGACUUCCUGCAGCAGAAUGGCUACACCCCAUAUGACAGGUUCUGCCCUUUCUAUAAGACAGUGGGGAUGCUUUCCAACAUGAUAGCAUUCUAUGACAUGGCACGCCGUGCUGUAGAGACCACCGCCCAGAGUGACAAUAAGAUUACGUGGUCCAUCAUCCGGGAGAAUAUGAAUGAGAUCCUCUACAGACUCACCUCCAUGAAAUUCAAGGACCCAGUCAAAGAUGGUGAGGCGAAAAUCAAGGCGGACUAUGCUCAACUCUUCGAGGACAUGCAGAAUGCAUUCCGCAGUCUGGAGGACUGAGUUCCACCUCUACAAUCCACUCCAGUUUGUUCUCUUUAGAUUCCUCAUCUCAGCUCCUCUGCUUCCCUACUCUGUAAAAUCAAUCCAAGAGUACCUGAUAGCCCUAUGUUUUCCUGUUCAUACUCAGUGGGUCUUUAUAAAACAUUCCUCUUAGUUUGUGUUUUGGCCUUGCUCUGAGUGUCUGAAUUAGUGAGUGGAGUUGGUGUGAAUGGCCUAGUAGAGAGUUAGAGAAACACUUCUAAGCUUGCAGGAUAGGACAUUCUCAUUUUUCCUUCUCCCAGUUGAUGUGUGCAUUCUCUGCGGUCGGUACUCCUUGGGGAAGUAAGCCAGCUGAGUUGUACUGGUCGAAGAGGUGCAGAUCUUUGUCCUGGGACAUGCUAUAUUCGGAGGUAGUACCUUGAAGGGCAUUUGGGCCUAGCAUUUUGCUAGGUGACUUCAAAGCAACAAAUGGGAAGUUUCCCACUUUUUCAAAUGGAAUUGAUUAUAAUAUUCCAGCGAUGAGUUAAUGAUAUUAAAAAUUGUGAAUUCUUUAGUGCAAUGUCCCUUCUGCAACCUUUUACUGAGCUGUAUUACAGCAGGUGUACUGAAGUUCAGUAGAUUUGUAGAACCCUGCGACAAGGAUUAGCUAAAAGGAACAUGUGAAAGCAGCCAGUCUGUGUGCCAGCAUGUGAGAACACUUAUUUUCCUACCUGUUACAUAAAUAGGAGUGUUAUACUCUGACAGUUAAAAUUGAAGCCAUAGAUGCUUGACUAUCAGCAGCAGAAACUUUACCUUCUCUUACCACUCAACUACUUUAGUAUAUGAAGCUUGUUACAGCUGCUUUGUAUUAUAGGACAUCAUGAGCCAUGAUGAUCCUUUUUCUGUGUGGACCAAGAAUCAGUCCUCCUGCAAGUGGUGCUCUGCUGCAUGCCAUAAUAUUUGUCUUCAGUGCAGCAUACAGGUCAUCCUUAUGACAAGAAAGCCGCAUGCUUCCAAACCUUUUUCCCCUUAGGAUGCUGGUGUGAUUUGGCUCAUCUGUCCAGCCUCUUUAUAAAAGGAAUGUUCAGUGCUAUGCUUUCUCUUUGGAAGGUUGAUAAUUUAGAGAAUGCAUCUAGUGAGAACUUGGUGACCUUGUUCUUUGCAUUUCACUCUGAACAUUGUUUGCUCUAAAAAUAACUACUGCUUCUAUUCAAUGACAGAGUUAGUGUUAAGGAAUAGAAGCCUUUUCUCAUUAAACCUUGGAGCCAGCAGUUGCACCGUUGCUGCAGAAUGGAAGAUCCUAAAGAAUC